AUGGCUGACCGUGGACGUGGCGGUGGUUUCGGAUCCCGAGGUGGUGACCGUGGUCGUGGUCGUGGCCGUGGCCGUGGACGACGAGGCGGCAAGAGCGAGGAGAAGGAGUGGCAGCCCGUCACCAAGCUUGGUCGAUUGGUCAAGGCUGGCAAGAUCAACAGCAUGGAGGAGAUUUACCUGCACUCUUUGCCCAUCAAGGAGUUCCAGAUUGUUGACAACUUCCUGCCUAAGCUCAAGGAUGAGGUCAUGAAGAUCAAGCCCGUCCAGAAGCAGACCCGUGCCGGUCAGCGAACCCGAUUCAAGGCCGUCGUCAUCAUUGGUGACUCCGAGGGCCACGUCGGUCUCGGUAUCAAGACCUCCAAGGAAGUCGCUACCGCUAUCCGUGCCGCCAUCAUCAUCGCCAAGCUCAGCGUCAUCCCCGUCCGACGAGGCUACUGGGGUACCAACCUCGGUGCUCCUCACUCCCUGCCCUCCAAGCAGAGCGGCAAGUGCGGUUCCGUCACUGUCCGACUUAUCCCUGCCCCCCGUGGUACUGGCCUCGUUGCCUCCCCCGCUGUCAAGCGAUUCCUCCAGCUCGCUGGUGUCGAGGAUGCCUACACCUCAUCCGCCGGUUCCACCAAGACCCUCGAGAACACCCUCAAGGCUGUCUUUGUCGCCGUCUCCAACACCUACGGCUUCCUCACCCCCAACCUGUGGAAGGAGACCAAGCUCAUCCGGAGUCCCCUGGAGGAGUUUGCGGAUACCCUGCGGGACGGCAAGCGAUACUAA